AGGAGGUAUCUAUUAAAAGAGGAGUGUUGGUGUUGGUGUCCACAAUGCCUGUUGGAGCCCAAUAGGGACACUCAACCAGGAUGCCAGAGCCAACUAAAAAGACAGUCUCAGCUUUCACCAAGAAACCAAAGACUCAGACGGCUGAGAUUGGGGCAACAGUCAUAUUUGAAGCAGAGACUGAGAAGCCUGAUGUAAAAGUGAGAUGGCAGCGAGACUCCAAGGACAUCUCAUCCAGUUACAAAUACACCAUCUCAGCGGAGGGCAAUAUGCACUCUCUCGCCAUAAACAAUGUAGUUCAGGAGGAUGCAGUGGGAUAUGCUAUUAUUGCUGGGGUGUCAAAGGUCAAAUUUGAAUUAAAGAUAAAAGAAUCAGAAGUGAAGGAACCACAAAAAGCUGUGUCCCCAGAUCCUGCAGUUGCAGAACCUAAGCCUAAAGAGACUCCAUCAGCACCUACCGAAAGUUUAGCACCAGACACCAGUGGAACCGUAUCAGAUGGCGUAGCACCUGAAAGUCUGCCUGAGAGUCAUCAACCUGACACAAGGCAGGACCUUACUGGUCUCUUCACUGAAAAGCCUCAAAGUGGGGAGGUAAAUGUAGGUGAGAACAUUACUUUUGUUGCUCGGGUGUGUGGUGAAUCUCUGCUGAAGAAGCCCACAGUCAAAUGGUUCAAAGGAAAGUGGAUGGAUCUGGCCAGCAAGUCAGGAAAGCACCUUCAACUCAAAGAGCACUAUGACCGCAACACAAAGGUGUACACCUUCGAGAUGCAUAUCAUUGCAGCUAAAGCCAACUUCGCUGGAGCUUACCGUUGUGAGGUGUCCUCUAGAGACAAGUUUGACAGCUGCAAUUUUGACCUGGCAGUGCAUGAGGCUCGUACAACAGAUGGGUUUGAUAUUCGCUCUGCAUUUAGACGCACGAGCAUCAGUGCAGGUGGUAAGAAGAAGAUGGGAGAGCCUGGCAGUAGCACAGAUGCAGGUGAAGACUCAGGAGAACUGGACUUCAGUGCUUUACUGAAAAAGAGAGACAGUUUCUUAAAAACUGGCCCAAGAGCUGUUCAUGUGAGCACAGAGUCUGAGGUAGACAUAUGGGAAAUACUCCAGAAGGCUCCACCAUCCGAGUAUGAAAAGAUCGCCUUCCAGCAUGGAAUCACGGACCUGCGGGGGAUGCUGAAGAGACUCAAAAAAAUGAAAAAAGAAGAGAAGAAAAGUGCAGCAUUUUUGAGGAAACUGGACCCAGCUUACCAAGUCGAAAAGGGACACAAGAUCAAAAUGCAAAUUGAAGUGGCCAAUCCAGACGCAGAGGUUAAAUGGCUAAAAAACGGACAAGAGAUCCACCCAACCGGAAGCAAGUACAUCUUUGAGAGUAUAGGCAACAAACGCUUCCUCACAAUCAACAACUGUACGCUGGCAGAUGAUGCUGCUUAUACGUGCUUGAUUGGAGAAGAGAAGACCGUCACUGAGCUCUUUGUUAAAGAGCCUCCUGUUGUGAUUGUACGUAAUCUAGAGGAUCAGAUGGUCAUGAAGGGAGAACGAGUAGAGUUUGAGUGUGAAGUGUCUGAAGAGGGGGCUCAUGUGAAAUGGGAGAAAGAUGGUGUGGAACUCACCCGAGAUGAGUCCUUCAAGUACCGCUUCAAGAAAGAUGGAUGUAAGCAUGUCCUCAUCAUUAAUGAUGUGACCAAGGAGGACUGUGGACACUACCGAGUGAAAACCAAUGGAGGGCAAUCAUUAGCAGAGCUCAUGGUUCAGGAGAAACAGCUAGAGGUGUAUCAAAGCAUUGCUGACCUGACGGUGAAGGCCAAAGACCAGGCUGUGUUCAAAUGUGAGGUAUCUGAUGAGAAUGUGAAAGGCGUCUGGUACAAAAACGGAGUGGAGGUGAAACCUGAUGCCAGAACUCAUAUCACACACAUUGGAAGGAUUCAUAAGCUGACCAUUGAUGAAGUAAAGCCAGAGGAUGAGGCUGACUACACCUUCGUUCCUGAGGGCUAUGCCUUCAAUCUCUCUGCCAAGCUCAACUUUUUAGAGGUCAAGAUUGAUUUUGUUCCACGCCAAGAUCCUCCCAAGAUUCAUCUUGACUGCAUGGGCCGCACCGCUGAGUCCACAAUCUUGGUUGUAGCUGGAAACAAACUGCGACUAGAUGUACCAAUUACUGGAGAUCCUGCCCCUAUUGUGGUUUGGACAAAAGGAGAAAAGGGUAGCUUUAAGGAGGGAGAGUCGCGUCCUGAACCAAGGCAUACAUGGACAGUGAAGAACGGUGAAGUGCUGACAGACUCACAUGGGCGUGUCCAUGUGGAGAGUACCAAAGGUCACUGUAUCUUUACCAUUGAGGGGGCGGAGCGUCAGGAUGAGGGCGUGUACUCUGUCAUUGUACGCAAUCCUGCUGGAGAGGAUACAGCUGACAUUAAUGUCAAAGUUGUUGAUGUGCCAGAUCCACCUGAAGCUCCCAGAAUCCUUAGUGUCGGUGAAGAUUCUUGUAUUGUCCAAUGGGAUCCCCCACUCUUUGAUGGUGGCCAGCCAGUCAUAGGUUACGUUCUUGAAAGGAAGAAGAAAAAGAGCUAUAGAUGGAUGAGACUUAAUUUUGAUCCUUAUAAAGAGACCACAUAUGAAGCCAAGAGAAUGAUUGAGGGUGUAGCCUACGAAAUGCGUGUUUACGCAGUAAACGCCAUCGGCAUGUCACGCCCCAGUGCUGCCUCCCAGCCAUUUGUGCCAGUCGCUCCUACCAGUGAACCUACUGGCCUGUGUGUGGAGGACAUCAGUGAUACCACCAUCUCUCUGAAAUGGAGGGCUCCAGAAAGAAUAGGCUCAGCUGAGCUUGAAGGCUAUGGGGUGGAGUACUGCAAGGAAGGCUCUGAUGAAUGGAUCCCUGCAUUUAAGGGUCUCACAGACAGGACCUCUGUGAUCAUCCGUGACCUGCCAACCGGAGAGAAGAUGCAGUUCCGCGUAAGGGCGUAUAACAUGGCGGGCCCAAGCCCUCCUGCCACACUGCAACAAGCAGUCACCAUCCGUGAAAUCAUGCAGCGACCCAAAAUCUGGGUACCCCGUAACCUCCGCCAGACACUUAUCAAGAAAGUAGGAGACAUGAUUAACCUGGUAAUCCCCUUCCAGGGUAAACCACGGCCUCAAGUGACCUGGACAAAGAACGAUGAGCCUCUGGACCCUAAGCAGGUCAGCAUACGAAACAGCGACACUGAUACCAUCCUCUUCAUCAGGAGAUCUGAGAGAAAGGAUUCUGGGAAAUAUGAUGUUCAAGUGCAAAUUGAGAAUGUGGAGGACAGGGCCAGUGUGAAUAUACAGAUUGUUGACCUGCCAGGCCCACCCCAAAAUUUAAAGGUGGUAGAUGUUUGGGGCUUCAACGUUGCCCUGGAGUGGAAACCACCCAAGGAUGAUGGCAACUGCGACAUCACAGGCUACAACAUCCAGAAGGCUGAUAAGAAAACCAUGGAAUGGUACACUGUGUUUGAGCAGUAUCGGCGCACUAACUGUGUGGUUUCGGACCUGAUCAUGGGAAAUGAGUACGUGUUUCGUGUGUAUGCAAUGAAUAUGGUGGGUCUGAGUCCAGAGCCUUGCCUCUCCAAAGACAGUGCCUACAUCCAGAAAACAGGCAUUAUGUACAAGCCUCCUUCCUACAAAGAGCAUGAUUUCUCUGAGGCCCCCAAGUUCACACAUCCUCUUGUGAGUCGCUCAGUUAUUGCUGGAUACAGUGCUACACUCAGCUGCUCCGUACGAGGCAUCCCUAAGCCUAAAAUUACAUGGUACAAAAAUAAGAUGGACAUUUCAAACGAGGCCAAGUACCGUAUGUUCAGCAAUCAGGGUGUGCUGACUCUGGAGAUCCGCAAGCCGUGUCCGUUUGAUGGAGGUGUGUACAUGUGUAAGGCGAUCAAUGACAGUGGAGAAGACGUCGUAGAAUGCAAACUGGAAGUGCGCCAACGUGAGUAAACAGUAAGCGCAGGUUUGCUCUGUGUGAAAUCCAAGCUCAAGUCACAAAAGAAGACAGCAAGAAAUGAGAGACGGAACGGGUUUGGAGAAACUGUGACACUGUCCUCUUUCUGUCUUCUGUCCUGAAACUGAUCCCAUGACAUGUCAAUGAUCAAAUGACAGAGCAAAGAAAUUUUUCAUCGGUUUUCUUCAUUUGCUUGUGCUCCCCUUUUCUCACUCACAUCCCAUGGUCUGUGCUUAGGUGUGAUUUGCUUUUCAUUAUUCCUUGUGUUCAUUUCUUGCUAUUGUAUUUAAGAUUUAUGCUGUAGGGUCUAGUGAUUUCAGUAUUUUCCUUCCACAUGAUGUUAUGCAAAACAUGCUAAAUAAAGAGGUUUGUUGAUGCUUA